UGCUGCGGUCCCUCCCGGGAUGGCCAGAGCUGCGCCAGGCUCGGAGCAGCGCGGAGAUGCCGCUCCCGUCCCUCCGCGCUCUGCUCGGGCUCCUCCUGCUGCUGCCAGGUUCCACAGCUCCCACAAACUCCUCCACCCCUGCUGGAACAGGUCCAUCCCAACCAACAGCACCCAGCCCUGAAGCCAAGAACCACAGCCCAGAGCCAUCAGUAAAAUCAACACCAGCGACCAAACUGAGCCUCACCUCUGUGGGUCAAACUCCUACAGCCAAACCCUCCCCCACCACCACAACAACUCUGACAGCAAUCACUGAGAGAGAUGAUAAGUCCAGUGGAAACAGAAGCACGGCAGCUCCUUCUCCAGCACCUCAAGGUCAGGAUCCCAUGAGGAAUGAGAGCACCACAACAUCAGCGAUUCAAGGUGCUUCCUCCUCACAGACAGGCACCUCAAAACUCAUCACCCCAACACCCAACUCCUUCGGCCAAUUGCCCAGUCCCACCCCGACAGACGAGAAAUCACCGCUGACAGUGGCAGCUUUUGGUGUCAUCAGCUUUGUCGUUAUCCUGAUAGUGGUGGUCAUCAUCCUGGUCAGCGUGGUCAGCCUGAGGUUCAAGUGCAACCACUCCAAGGACUCUGAAGACAAACAGAAACCAGGAACCUCCAUGGUAUCAGAGAGCUGCUCGGCAGACGCGAGCCAGAAGGGGAACAGCAUCACUCUGAUCUCCAUGAAGAACAUCAACACCAACAACAGCAUGAGCUACCCCCCAUCAGAAAAGGUUUCCCUCUUCAGCCUUGCUUUUUAGGGAAUCAGCUGGGGAUCAUUUCUCUGGCUGGAUAAGAGCAUAAGAGCAUGCCUUGAGGUGCUAUGAAGCCAAGAGCCCAGAGCUUGAAGCUGACACGUGACAACCAGCAGUGGCUUUCUAGGUUCUUUUUAUUUUUCCUUCGGGGAAAGAGCAAGGGUGGACUUUAUAUCUAAAUUAUUAUGUCCUUUCUGAUCAGUACAUUUACAGUAGUGUCCUACAUAGCUUCCCCACCUGGGGCCUAAGGGCUUUCUCCAGUUACAGCCUGCCACACUCAGUGGUUGAUAUCUAACUCUAUUUUUGAUAUGCCUUCAAACACUCAGAUAAUUCCAGCAGCAAGAAGCACCAAGGCACCAUGCACUCCACUAAUAAACCUCUGCCUUAGAUGAAUGGCCUUUAUAGUCUGUGCCAGGCAGUCAGGGGCUCGUUAAUCAGCAUAGCCCCACGUGGAGCCAGACCUGUGCUUGGGAAAGACUGAUCCGAAGCUGAAGGCCUGAUGGGACUGAAAUGCCCAAGUUUUGGGUCAAAUCCCAGCAUGACUGCUCAGAGCCCCUUAUCCCUGGUGCCCUCAUUGUCCCCACAGCAGUGGGAUGGUCACAUCACAUCCCCCUACCUCACAGGGCUGUUGUGAGGCCUCGUUAAUCCCUGUCUGUAAAUCGUUUUGAAAGCCAUGAAUUAAAGGUGCUGCUGAAAUGCAAA